CUUAGAUCAAUUACCGCAGCUUAAUAGUUUUUUUAAUAUGAAAUACUGGGGAAACAAAUUUGAAGAUAGACUUUUUUCCGCGCUUCACCAUCAACGUUAUUUACGAACGAUUCGCGUUUUAUAUCGUUUAUUUUACUUACCGUACAUUUUGCUGACAAUUGGCGAAGCCUUUUCAUUAGUUUUAAGAAUCAUUCAAUUUAUUUUACUGAAUAAAAUAAUCAAGAAUUUAAAUUUGGAUCAAGUGACGUUUAAAAAAACUUCGUUUUUGGUCAAGAUGUGUAACAAUUUGUGUGGAAAAAAUAUUAAGCAUGUCUUUGUAUAAGCGAUUUCUCUCUUGCCCAAUACCGACUUUAAUUGAAUUGACAAAAAAAUCCAGUACAAAUUCAAAUAAAGUUAACGUCAUUAAUGUUUUAUCUGAAGAUUGUCAGUACAUUGCCGACUUUAUGACCCAUAUGGUCCAUCUUAGUACUAGCAUUUUAAGCUUACUCUUAAUUUUUAUAGGAGCUCGAAUAUUGCAUGAUUUUGCAGCAUCCAUCGCAUUCACACUCCUUGUUAGUUUAUUGAUGGUAUCAUUUCUAUGUGAAUGUCUAAGUGUGUAUUACAAAAAAAAAUUACUCUGUCUUCGUGACCGUCGUAUUAAUUUCUUACAAAUUAUUUCCGGGGAUUUAAAAAAUAUGAAACUUCAAAAUACUGAAUCACAAGUGGACAAACAUAUAACAGAUCUGCGCAAUACAGAAAUGUCUACUUUGAAGUUGUAUACAAUUGCUUUCUCUAUAUCAACUCUGAUCAAUCAAAAUUUAGCAACCUUCACAUGUUUAACAUUUCUUGGAGUGUACUUUACCGACAAGACUUUGAAAAAAAAAUUAAGUAUUCCACUUGUCCUUGCGGGUCAGAUCGCCUUAAAAGAAUUAAUCCGACCCCUCUCAAAAUUAGGAAGUCAUCUUCAUGGAAUCCUUUAUGGACUUCUUUCUUGUGAGCACUUUGAUUUAUUCUAUUCAUCAGUAGUAGAAAAAACGGAUUGUCAAGUUAUGAAAUCACAAACAUUGGAAAAUAUUCAACGACAAAAUGAUCCUCUUGAUAAAAUUCAUGGUCAUGAAUGCCUUUUAAAAAUCUUUGAUGGAAUUUUUGUUUCGCAUUUGCAUGAUGGUGAUAAAAUUGACAGAAAGAGUUGCAGUUUUAUACAAAAUGUUAAAGAAUCAAUAGCAACACGACAUAUUACCAUUAAGGAAUUAUGUUUAAAGCGAGAUUGUUGUACUUGUAUUGUUGGUCCUGUGGGAAGCGGGAAAACAGAUUUGAUAAUGUGCUUAUUAAAUGAAAGAACUAGGAUACAAGGACAAAUGCAAUGGUACCCUUUGGAUUUACAAAAAAUGCGUUAUGCAACAGUCAAGUUGGGUCCUACAUAUCCCGUCGCGUAUGCUGGCCAAAUGUGCUGGCUUCCGUUGGGGACAGUUCGCGAAGUCAUUCUUUUUGGUCGUCCUUAUAAUAAAACAUUUUAUGAUACUAUCAUAAAAAUAUGUGAAUUACAUCAUGAUUUUGCUCUUUGGGAAACUGGAGACGCUCAUAUAAUCACGGAUCGAGGUAAUACAAUCAGUCAAGGCCAAAGAGCUCGCAUUGCUUUAGCUCGAUGUUUAUAUCAUAUUGAAGCAACCGAUUUUUGUUUUAUUGAUGGCUUAUUUGAUUCUCUUGAUGUGGUAACAAGCUUACAGAUAUUUAAAAAUUUGUUUGAUUUUGGAGGAUUUUUACAUAAAAAAUCCACUGUUAUUACGCUUCCUUACGAUCUUGCUGUCUAUAUGAUAGAAAAAGUAGAGAAACCUUGCGUCACAUUUGAAAUGCAUCAUUUAAAAAAAGGGGUGCUGAAACCAAUAUCGCUAAAAUCUUUACGAGGUGUAACGCAUUGUAGAGUGCCCAAUGAAUCCGUAGCAAUGCAUGAUUCCAAAAAUACAAAAUUGAAAGAAAUUUAUUUAAAAAAAUUGUAUACUUUUACAGAAGAAACAAAAAAAAAUCAUGGUUUUACUUAUGACGAAAAUGAAGCUCCCGAAACUCCUUUUUUCAAAGCAUUUUUCUAUUAUAUUCAAUCGUUUGGUACUAAACGCUUCAUUUUUACUCUUAUGUUACUCUUCUUAUUAAAAUUUUGUUUGUUUUUGUUAUUAUUUUGUAAUACCUUUUACUUAUCAAAAUUAUCUUUGACAGCUUCCCCUAAUUCCAUACAAACGAAACCGUAUUCUUUAAAAGAACAAGUUUUCAACACUUCAACAUCCACACCUACGACUUUAUCCUUGCCAAUAUCUUAUCCAUCCAAUCAAAAUGCGAUUUUUUAUAUACUGCUUUCAUGUGCUGCUGUGAUGAUGAGUAUUAUCAUCAUAACAAUUCAAAUUUCAGGUGUUUUGAAAACAGCCCAUUCUAUUCAUAAUUUUUUAUUACAAAAAUUUUUACAUUCCGAAUACUGGUGCUUUUCGUUUUUUUCAUUUGGGAGUAUAUUAAAUAGAUUUACUCUAGAUAUGUCUGUGAUCGAUCUCCGAUUAAUGUCUACAGUCUUUCUUGGUAUUUCGCUGACACUCCAAAUAUUACUUAUAAUUUUAUUUUUGUUAAUUUUUGCCCCUAUUUUAUGUUUCAUUACAAUAUUGAUUAUUUCUAUUGUUUUUAAAUGGAUGUAUAAUUUUUAUUUACCUGCCAAUAAAUAUCUUCAGCGGGUAAAAUUAGCGUCGAUCACGCCAUCGUCUUGUCUGUUACAUGAUGCGCAAACUUCGGUUAUAACAUUGCGCGCAUUUCAUCAAUCUUAUCGCUUUUUACAAAUGUACUAUACAUCCGUUAUACAGACAACGAGAGCUGAGUAUUCUAUUAAUGGUAUCAGCACAUGGCUUUAUGUUCGCGAGCGUUUAGUUUCCUUGCCUAUCAUUGUAACAAUUUCUUUAAUUUGUUAUAUAAAAAAAAUGCAUUCAAUAACGUUAUAUGGUUCUUUUACUUGGGUCGACCAAUUUGUUUUUCAGUCUUCUCAAACGCCUCUUAUAGAACUUUUUAGUUUUAUAGCAAUGCAAGCUUUUACCUUUCCAUUUUUAUUAGGUUUCACAUUAAGUCAAUUCGCUCAAUCACAGGCUUUCUUCAGUUCCCUUCAAAGACUUUUAGAUUGUUCUCGUAUUCUCUCUUGUCAAUAUGAAAAGCCUCCAAAUGUCUCGUCAUGCCAAUCUCUCAUUCCAUGCAAAAACUUAGAAAAUCAAUUAACCUUAAACAAUGUUACUAUUCAUUAUGUUCGACCAGUUCUUUCUCAUUCAACAGGAUGUAAAAAUGUUCUUUUAGAUUUAUUUUCACCAACAUUAAAAAAUGUUACUAUUUUUGCAAAAGCCUCUCAAACAAUUGCUAUUAUUGGAAAAACGGGUGCAGGUAAAACAACUUUACUUUUAUCAUUAUUUAAUUUGUUACCAAUCUCUCGUGGAAAAUUAUUUCUUAACACUAGGAAUUUAAACACAAGCUUACAUGAUGUUAUUCAUCAAAAUAUCGCUUAUCUUACCACAACGUCAACUAUUAUGCACACAUUGUCUUUACGUCAAAUUUUAGAUCCUUUUGAAAAUCAUUCAGACGCAUUUCUUUACGAUUGCUUAAACCGAGUUCAGUUAUGCAACCUUGUAAAAACGUUACCUCUUCAAUUACAAACACCCCUUUAUUUCUUAUUACAUAUCUCAUCGAAUGAUUCUCUCUGUACCAUUGCUGGGCAGAAACAUGGUAAUUUUGAAACAUCCUUCGAAUCUUUUGUUCCCUUUUCCACUCUGCAGAUUUUUAAACUAAUGAUCGCAAGAUUAUUAACAACAAGAAUAUCAUACGCCUUAAUCGUUAUGGACGACUUUGUUUUAACAAAGAAUCAACCAACGUGUCCUUUAUUUGAAGAAGAAGAAGAAGAAGAAGAAUCUCCUCUUGUAUUGCUAAAACAACUUUUUCCUAAUGCAAUACUUUUGGUUAUCACUCACCGUCUUUCAGUUAUCAAAGCCUGUGACGUUCUAUGGAUUGUCAAAGAUCAAUGUGUGAAUGUCGUGUCGGAAUCGCUCGAAAAUUUGUCCCAUGACGCGCUCCAAAAAUAUUUUUAAAAAUUUUCAAUCUGAUAAAAAUUAUUAUAAUUCAAGAA